AUGGAAGCUAAUUCUUCUGGUGAGGAUUGCUGUGUGAAAGUAGCAGUUCAUGUGAGGCCGCUUAUUGGAGAUGAGAGGCUUCAAGGCUGUAAAGACUGUGUCACUAUUGUACCUGGGAAACCUCAGAUACAAAUUGGGACCCAUUCAUUUACAUUUGAUCAAGUUUAUGGCAGCAAUGGCUCCCUUUCCACCUCAAUGUACGAAGACUGCGUGGCCCCUCUUGUCGAUGGCUUGUUUCAAGGCUAUAAUGCUACUGUUCUUGCCUAUGGACAGACGGGGUCCGGUAAAACAUAUACCAUGGGCACUAGUCUCAGAGAUGGAAGCCAAGGUGGAAUAAUUCCCAAAGUUAUGAAUGCUUUGUUCAGCAAGAUCGAGACUUUGAAGCAUGAAAUUGAAUUCCAGCUGCAUGUUUCCUUCAUUGAGAUACAUAAAGAAGAAGUAAGAGACCUGCUAGAUCCUGAAUAUUCGACUAACAAACAAGAGACAGCAAACGGACAUGCUGCAAAAGUGGCAAGCCCUGGAAAAGCUCCGAUUCAAAUUCGUGAGACAUCCAGCGGUGUAAUAACUCUUGCAGGGUCCACUGAAUGCAGUGUGAAGACUCUCAAAGAGAUGGCUGAUUGUUUGGAACAAGGGUCUUUAAGCCGAGCAACCGGGAGUACCAACAUGAACAAUCAGUCAAGCCGGUCACAUGCCAUUUUCACCAUCACAAUGGAGCAGAUGCGUAGGGUUCAUCCAGGUUUUGGAAGUGAUGGCAAUCUAAAUGACUGUAUGUCUGAGGAGUAUUUAAGUGCCAAGUUGCAUUUGGUGGAUCUUGCUGGUUCAGAACGUGCCAAGAGAACUGGCUCAGAUGGUUUACGUUUUAAGGAAGAAUUCAUUGGUUGGCUUGAUGAUCAGAUUAAUAGAGAUCCAAUAUCGAGUGAGAUGCUUAAGAUGCGUCAACAGUUGGAAUAUCUACAGGCCGAACUUUGUGCCCGUGGUGGAGGAGUUUCAUUUGAUGAAAUACAAGUUCUAAAAAAUAGAAUUACUUGGCUAGAGGCUACUAAUGAGGAGUUGUCAAAGGAACUCAACUUGUUUCGUAAUGGAAGUGAUUGCAUGAAGCAGCAUGAAGCCGAAAUUAAAGCUUAUGAAGGUGGUGCAAUUAAGGGUGAAGGUCUCAAAAGAGGGUUGCAAAGUAUGGAGUCAUCUGAUUAUAAAAUGAGUGAAGGUGACUCUGGAGAUAUCGAUGAAGAUACAGCAAAAGAGUUGGAGCAUACUUACUUGCAGAAUAGUAUGGAUCAAGAAAUGAGCGAGUUAAAUCGACAAUUGGAGCAGAAAGAGUCACAGAUGAAACUUUUUGGAGGAUAUGACACCACUGCUUUAAAGCAACACUUUGGGAAGAAACUUAUGGAACUUGAGGAGGAAAAAAAAACAGUGCAGCGGGAAAGGGAUCGAUUGUUAGCAGAAGUUGAAAAUCUUUCUGCUAAUUCUGAUGGACAGGCACAAAAAUUGCAAGACAUGCAUGCCCACAAACUAAAAACGCUAGAAGCCCAGAUACAAGAUCUUAAGAAGAAACAAGAGAAUCAGGUUCAACUUCUGAAACAGAAACAGAAGAGCGAUGAAGCCGCUAGAAAGUUGCAAGAGGAAAUACAGUGCAUUAAGGCACAAAAAGUUCAACUACACCAAAAGAUAAAACAAGAAGCUGAGCAAUUCAGACAAUGGAAGGCAUCUAGAGAAAAGGAAUUGCUGCAGUUAAGGAAAGAAGGGAGAAGAAAUGAAUAUGAAAGGCAUAAAUUGCAAGCAUUGAAUCAACGCCAGAAAAUGGUUCUACAGCGAAAAACCGAGGAAGCUGCAUUAGCUACCAAGAGGUUGAAAGAACUUCUAGAAGCACGUAAAUCAUCAACUCGCGACAACUCAGUCAUUAGCAAUGGAAUUGGAACAAACGGGCAGGGCAACGAAAAAUCAUUGCAACGUUGGCUUGAUCAUGAGCUCGAAGUUAUGGUGAACGUUCAUGAAGUUCGUUUCGAGUACGAGAAGCAGAGUCAAGUACGAUCUGCACUAGCUGAUGAAUUGGCUGUUUUAAGGCAAGUUGAUGAAUUUGCUUCAAGAGGUGUUAGCCCUCCAAGAGGCAAAAAUGGUGUUUCUAGGUGUGAAUUGUGGGAAAAAGAAAUGGAAAUCAAUGAGAUGAAAGAGCAGAUGAAGGAAGUUGUUGGCGUUUUACGUCAAAGCGAACUCAGGAGAAAAGAAGUGGAAAAAGAGCUUAAAUAUAGAGAUAAAGCUGCUCCCAUCGCACCGGCAACACCGCCUCAAGUCAACUCUCACAAGCACAAUGCUGAUGACACGAGUGAUCCUUUGUCUCCAAUUCCGGUGCCAGCUCAGAAACAAUUGAAAUAUACUGCAGGAAUUGCAAACGGCUCAGUUAGAGAUUCAGCUGCAUUCAUGGAUCAAACUCGAAAGAUGGUACCUAUUGGCCAGCUGUCGAUGAAAAAAUUAUCACUGGCGAGUCAUGGCGGGAAGCUAUGGAGAUGGAAAAGGAGUCAUCAUCAGUGGUUAUUACAGUUCAAAUGGAAAUGGCAAAAGCCUUGGAGACUUUCCGAGUGGAUUAAGCACAGCGAUGAGACGAUCAUGAGAGCUAAGUCUCGUCCCCAAGCUCUUCCCAAUGUCAUGUAUAGAAAGGGUCGCUAG